UGCCAGAGUUCAAAGUAAACGUCAUCCUAAGUUGAAGGAUCCUGGGAGUUUCACAAUUCCUUUGUCUCUUGGAAAACAAGAAGUUGGUAGAGCCUUGUGUGAUUUAGGGGCCAGUAUAAAUUUGAUGACAUCCUCUUUGUUCAAGCAACUCAGAUUGGGGGCGCUUAGACCUACAACAAUCACUUUACAACUAGCAGAUAGGUCACUAGUCAUGCUCGAAGGAAUUAUUGAGGAUGUGUUAGUUCGAGUGGGAAAGUUUAUUCUUCCUACUAAUUUUAUUGUUCUUAAUUACGAGGCAGAUGAGGAAGUGCCCAUUAUUUUGGGGGGAGCAUUCUUAGCUACUGGUGGAACAAUUAUUGAUGUGAGAGCAGGGAAGUAA